AUGGCAUUACCACCAGAACUCACGUUUGAGCAUUAUGAGGUCAAGCCAGAGCCAGAGAGACCUCCCAUCUACAUCACAGCCCCCGAGAGCUCGACUCAGCAGAUGUACCAAAACAUGAUGUUCAAUACCCUCCCCAACGACAACUCAACGCCAUCACAACGACGACCCAACUCACCCCUGACUAUCCAGACAUCGAUGGGUGGCAGUGGCCCCAACUCACCCCUUCACUCACCUCUUUCACCACACCAUUCGCCGUUGUCGCCGCUCUCACCCUUGUCGCCGUCCUUCGCGAUGCAGAAUCUGGGCCUCGGGAUGAACUCUAACGGGAAUUUGAACGUGAACGAGUCGAACUCUGGAGGUAUGAACGGAGUCCGUAACACCAACACCAUCAACAAUAACAACAACCCUAACAACAACAGCAAUCCACGGACACCUUCGAUUAACAUUCAAAUACCGCCGUUUUAUACGAACUCGUCGGGAUUGUUGGGUCAUGCGCCUCAGUCGCCCAACACCCUGCAGGCGUACACUAGCGCGGUCAACACACCCUUGCCACCAAGCCCCUCGCCCGGAUCGCCCUUGGCGUCGAUGGUCUCUGACAACGAGAUGGAGUCGAGUGCUUCGUUGUACUGUCCCAGCCCCGGAGGACCUAACCUGACGGGUGGUCUGCACGGCGGUCGUCCCGGCAGCGAGUACGGCGGUAGUGAGUAUGGCGGAAGUGAAUACGGUGGAGACGAUGGCAGUCAUUUCUUUAGCAUGUCCUAA